AUGGCUUAUCUGGUCUCGGAGCUCAGCCCCACACAAGGAUUUCAUCCAACUUCAGCGAGUUUGGUUUACCUCCCCGGUCCAAUCCCGCAAUACGAGUCGUGUUCGCUGCACCUGUACUACUCUUUACCGCCACCCGUCUUCGUCGACACACACGAACUAGGACAGAGAAGCAGCUCCUAUACCUUCAGCCAUUGGGGUAGCAGAGAUCUCGAGAAGCCGGUCCACGCCUUGCCGCAGGAGACCUCAGAGGUUUUGAUCAAUGUUCAAAUUCCCCAAGAAGGAUACGCGGACGAGGAAGAGAUGGAGCUCAACGUCGAGGUUCCCAUGCACCUGCGGUAUGGCACUCCAAGAUCCACCGCAACGUCCAAGGAGAGCGAAGGCAAACCGUACGAGGAAAUUCAGGUGGAAUGGCCGCACGCGUUCCUCCUGUGCUCGUCAACGUCUUUAUUGAAGUCACGGGUCACCCAGCCAUCACUGCCUGCACAUAUCCUCGCAGCACUCCCUUCGCGACCCCCACGUAAACUCAUCCCGAUUCCACCGCAUUCGAACUUCACAAAGACGACCACGACACUCCUGUUGCCGCUCGGGAACCCUUACGACCUCGCCUUCGUUGAGCCAUUCACAGCGAUGACAGUUUUUAUUUGUUUCUUGUGGAUCGUCAGGGUGGCCUGGAAGACAUCACGAAGAACAGAAGUCGACACUUCAUCGCGACCAAAAACCGACUAA